UGUUGUUGUUGACCGCUUUGUCUAUGUUUUUUCUUGGAUUGUGCUUAUUCUUUCUUUCCCUCUUUGCCAAGCAAAUAGUAUGAUUUAUUUAUAUAUGUAUCUCCCACAGGUACAGUUGUGUUUUGGAUUGAAGAAUCGUCUCUCUCUAAUCUUAGCUUAAGCCUAUCAUCAUCAUCAUCAUCUUCAGUGCAGAGAUUCUCAAAUGGCCGGAAUUAGGUUAACGCUUCUCAAGUCACUUCAGAGAUCGGCGAAAUACUCGUCUUCUGCUUUCCGGAAGAUAGAGCCUUCUUCUUCUUUCAGGUCCAUUACUACUACCUGCGGAAACCCUCUUCUCGACGGAGUCUCCUCCUCUCACAGACCAAAAGCCUCUUCCAUUGUCUCCGAUUUGCGCCUGCAUCAUAAUGCUAUCCCUUUCUUAGGCCAUUCCUCUUACGCAAGGGCUUUCAGCUCCAAACCUGACAAUUUCGGAAGCAUCGUUGCCCCUGCUGUUACUGGCACCGCUGAUGGGAAUGGCGACGUUGACUGGGUUGUCAAGGCCAAAGAUGUCUUGCAGACUAGUGUCGACGCUGUUACCCAAACUGCUAGGAAGACUAAAGAAGCCUCUGAUGAUAUGAUCCCUCAUGUUCACCAGUUCCUCGACUCCAACCCGUAUCUUAAAGAGGUCAUUGUUCCCAUCAGUCUCACUAUGACUGCUACUUUGUUUGCUUGGGUAGUCAUGCCUAGUGUUCUCAGGAGGUUUCACACUUACGCUAUGCAAAGCUCCGCUGCUUUGCUUCCCGGAGGCUUCUCUAACGAAGUUGUUCCUUAUGAGAAAAGCUUUUGGGGAGCUUUGGAGGAUCCUGCCCGUUACUUGGUCACCUUCAUUGCUUUUGCACAAAUUGCCUCGAUGGUGGCUCCAACAACAAUAGCAGCUCAGUACUUUACUCCAACAGUGAAGGGAGCAGUCAUUCUCUCACUUGUGUGGUUCCUAUAUCGCUGGAAGACCAAUGUGAUUACCCGAAUGUUGUCCGCUAAGAGUUUUGGUGGGCUAGAUCGGGAGAAGGUAUUGACUUUAGACAAAGUAUCAUCUGUUGGUCUUUUUGCAAUUGGUUUGAUGGCUUCCGCUGAAGCCUGUGGGGUAGCUGUUCAAUCUAUCUUGACAGUUGGUGGAGUUGGAGGAGUUGCCACCGCAUUUGCUGCCAGAGAUAUCCUGGGUAAUGUGCUGAGUGGUCUGUCCAUGCAAUUCUCUCGACCUUUCUCUAUGGGAGAUACAAUUAAAGCUGGAUCUGUAGAAGGUCAAGUUGUUGAGAUGGGACUUACGACAACGUCUUUGUUGAAUGCCGAAAAAUUUCCGGUUUUGGUACCCAAUUCACUGUUUUCCAGUCAGGUGAUUGUGAAUAAGUCACGUGCUCAGUGGCGAGCUAUAGCAUCCAAGAUCCCACUGCAGAUCGAUGACUUGGAUAAGAUNCUCAAUGCUUGGUCUUCGUUUGGACCGCGCAACUCUUGCUUACUAGGUUCAGCCCCGUCGCGAGAAGUGUUGGUGAUCGGUGAUUUUACUAUGGAGAACUAUGGUUCGAAUUCUCCAUACCCUUAUAAACCUCCCAAUUCAGAUCCAUACCCACCACCAUCGCCUCAUCAUCAUGCCUCAACCUCUCAUUCGGGUCCAUUACACUACACCCUCUCUCCUCCACCACCCAGUUAUUACUAUGCUUCUUCUGAUUACCAACACCAACCUCCUCCUCCUCCUCUUCCUGCUCCUUAA